AUAAAAGUGCGCAGUGACCGACCUCCUCUGUGGCUUCAGACAAACACUUGUCAAUCAACUUUUAUCUCUCUCUCCUCGCUUUUCUUUUUCUGGGUAUACACAUAUAUAAGUGGCUGGCACCUUCAACUUUCAGUGCGCUCGCCCACACUAACAACUAACAACACCCUGCUUUCUUUCCAAAUAAUUUUGUUUCUUCGAGCUAGGAUAACCGAUAAUGGGUGGAAACGAAGGGGGAUCUGGAGCCUCAAGCAUCUUUAAAUUGCUCAUUACUAAUAUCGACGUGCUUGCUGGGCCUGUGAUUUCUCUGCUGUAUCCUCUAUAUGCAUCGAUUAGGGCAAUUGAGACCAAGUCAGCUAUUGAUGAUCAACAAUGGCUAACUUAUUGGGUUCUUUACUCUAUGAUUACUCUUUUCGAGCUCACUUUUGCAAAGCUUAUUGAAUGGUUCCCACUGUGGUCAUAUGCGAAGCUAAUCUUCAUGUGCUGGUUGGUGAUCCCGCACUUUAGCGGGGCUGCUUAUGUCUACGAGCACUAUGUAAGGCCUUACAUUGUUACUCGGCAGAAGUCAGUUAACCUGUGGUACGUUCCCAGAAAGAAAGACGCCUUUAGCAAGCCCGAUAACAUCCUAACUGCAGCACAGAAGUAUAUCCAUGAAAGUGGAUCUCAGGCAUAUGAAAAGAUGACAAACAAGUCCAGGGACACCACUCCGAGGAGUAAUCACCACACUUUCCACAACGAAGGCUACGAAGAAGAAUACAGGUACGAGUAAUCACCGCACUUUCCAUGACCAAGGCUACGAAGAAGAAUUAAUACAGGUGCUGAUGCAGUCGAGAUUGAUAGUUUUGUUGUCUCAUUUUCCUUGUUUCGAGACGAGGGGAGAUGCCCUAUUGUAAUAUAUUUGGAUCCUGCUUCUCAGUGUAGCUGCUUAGUUGUUGAUAAUGGAGAAAGCUGUGUUUGUUGUUGAUGUGUAUUUUGGUUAUAUUACUCAUAUCACCCUUUUCCUAGCUA